CCCAGGGCCUUCACAAGACCAGACACACUCGCAGGACGAACCGCGGCCUCCCCAGGGGCAUCAGCGGCUCCGAGGCCGCCCGCCCGCCCGGCAUUCGAAUGGCUGAGCUGUGGCAGGCGGAGGAUGAGCCCACGGCUCCCUGACCUGGCCACGCAGGCGGCCUGCAGGCGUUUGGAUGUCUGAGGCCCUGCCUCCCCGGAGCGGCCAUGUCCGAAGGGGAGAGCAAGGACAGCUCGGGCAGCGAGUGCCCCGUGUGCUACGAGAAGUUCCGCGACCUGGAGGGCGCCAGCCGGACGCUGAGCUGCGGCCACGUGUUCUGCCAUGACUGUCUGGUCAAGUACCUGCUCUCCACCCGCGUGGACGGGCAGGUCCAGAGGUCCAUCGUCUGCCCCAUCUGCCGCUACGUCACCUUCCUCAGCAAGAAGAGCUCCCGCUGGCCCUCCAUGCUGGACAAGAGCGCCCAGACCCUGGCGGUGCCCACGGGCCUGCCCCCUGGGCCGCCGGCCGCCAGCGCCCGGGGCCACCCCCACCCCACGGCCGGCUCCCAGCCCGGCUGGAGGGCGUCCCCCAGUCAGAGUCCCCAGCUCCCCUUGGACCUACUGCCCAGCCUGCCCCGGGAGCCGCAGAUCUUCAUCAUCAGCCGCCACGGGAUGCCCCUGGGGGAGCAGGACAGCGUCCUCCCGCGCCGCAGCCUGGCCGAGCUCUCCGAGGCGUCCCCAGCGCCCCGCUCCACCCGGUCCUUCUGCUGCCGCUCCCGGGCCCUCCUGCUCAUCACCCUCAUCGCCGUGGUGGCGGUGGUCGCUGCCAUCUUGCCCUGGGUGCUGCUGGUGAGGAAGCAGGCGUGAGAGGAGGUACCUGCAGGGCCACCCAGCGAGGCCCGGCCUGAGGGCGACUCUGGAAGCUGCCCCACCGGCCCUCCCCGCAGGCUGGCCACGGCCUGGGCGGGGUAGGGGGCCCCAGGGCAGACGCAGGCCCUGAGGUGAGGCGGGCGGAGGGGACAGGGGAGCAGAGGGAGGGCAUCAGGAUGGUGCUCACUGGAGGUGUGUGGCAUCGCCUGGCCUCCAGCCCCCUGCUCCCAGCCGGGGUCGGGCAUGACGGGGAAGCUGGGGCCGGUGAUCUUGGCCAGAGCGGGGCUGAGCA